AUGUUCUCGAGGACCCUCCGGCCGCUGCGGGCAGCGAAUGCCCUGCGGACCGCAACACCGACCUAUCGCAUGAGCCCCGUGGCCCUGCGGACCCUGACCACCGAGGCCGCCUCUGCCUCUGCCUCAGAACCGUCAACCGCGCAACAGACCCCCAGCGCCAUCCCGCAGACGCCCGAAGCGCCGGCGAGGUCGCCCAGCCAAUUGCCCUACUUCGUCGGCCGCAACAGGUUGAACAACUUUGGAAUCUACGAGAAGAGACUGCGCGGUGGCACCAUGAAGAAGACGCUGCUGAAGAAGGGAGAGGGCAACCUGCAGGCCCUAAGACACGACGUCGCCGAGGCCCUGAGUCUGCCCGCCAAGGAGGUUCGGGUGAACAAUGUGACGGGCCACAUCGAGAUCAAGGGACACCGAAGGGAUGGCAUAGCCAUGUUCCUCAAGAACAUGGGCUUCUAA